UCAAGAUAAAGUGAAUAAAUUAUAAUAACAUAAUGUUAACCAACUUUGAGACCAAGUCCGCUCGAGUAAAAGGACUCUCAUUUCAUCCAAAACGACCAUGGAUACUAGCAAGUUUGCACACCGGAGUUAUUCAACUUUGGGAUUAUCGUAUCAGCACAUUAUUGGAGAAGUUUGAUGAACAUGAUGGUCCUGUUAGAGGUAUAAAUUUCCAUGCUAAUCAACCACUUUUUGUUUCGGGUGGUGACGACUUCAAAAUUAAAGUGUGGAACUAUAAACAAAAGCGAUGCAUUUUCACACUGCUUGGGCAUUUGGAUUAUGUUCGAACGACAGUAUUUCAUCAUGAAUAUCCUUGGGUGUUGAGCGCCUCCGAUGAUCAGACAAUCCGCAUUUGGAACUGGCAAUCGCGAACAUGUAUCUGUGUUUUAACUGGCCACAAUCACUAUGUCAUGUGUGCCCAAUUUCAUCCCAGUGAAGACACAAUUGUUUCUGCUUCACUUGAUCAAACUGUCAGAAUUUGGGACUUCUCAGGUCUUCGAAAGAAAAGCGUCGCACCAGGCCCUGGAGGACUCGACGAACAUCUUAAAAAUCCAUCAGCAACUGAUCUUUUCGGGCAAGCAGAUGCAAUAGUGAAACACGUUCUUGAAGGACAUGACCGCGGUGUUAAUUGGGCUCAUUUCCAUCCAAAUCUACCUUUGGUGGUUUCAGGCGCUGAUGACCGUCAAAUAAAAUUAUGGCGAAUGAAUGAAUACAAAGCAUGGGAAGUUGACACUUGUCGUGGACAUUACAACAACGUUUCAUGUGUCUUGUUCCAUCCACGUCAAGAAUUAAUCAUUUCAAACAGUGAAGAUAAAUCAAUUCGAGUUUGGGACAUGACAAAACGUCAAUGUUUGCAUACAUUCCGUCGUGAACAUGAAAGAUUUUGGAUUCUUGCUGCACAUCCAUCGUUGAAUCUCUUCGCUGCUGGUCAUGAUUCCGGAAUGAUUGUUUUCAAACUUGAACGAGAACGACCAGCUUAUGCUGUUCAUGGAAAUAUUCUCUAUUAUAUCAAAGAGAGAUUCUUAAGAAAAUUGGACUUUACGACAACAAAAGAUUCAGUUGUCAUGCAGAUUCGUGGGGGUGGAAAGACGCCCGUCUUCAGUAUGUCUUAUAAUCCCGCUUUAAAUGCAAUUCUUUUAUGUACACGAACAAGUAACAUGGAAAAUUCAACUUACGACUUGUACAGCAUUCCAAAAGAUUCCGAAACAAAUUCUGAAUCAGAUUCGAAACGUUCAUCAGGAAUUACAGCGUUGUGGGUGGCAAGAAAUCGUUUUGCAGUUCUUGAUCGUUCCGGGCAACUUGUAGUGAAGAAUUUCAAGAAUGAAGUCACGAAAAAGAUUCAAACAUCACAAUCUUGUGAUGAAAUCUUUUAUGCUGGUACUGGAAUGCUUUUACUUCGUGAACCAGACCAUGUGACAUUGUUUGAUGUUCAACAAUUGCGUAAUUUAGCUCAAGUAAAGAUUUCAAAAUGCAAAUACGUUGUUUGGUCAGCUGACAUGUCACACGUUGCACUUCUUGCUAAACACACAAUUAACAUUUGUAAUCGACGAUUGGAAUCAUUGUGUACAAUUCAAGAAAGCACACGAGUGAAGUCAGGAGCGUGGGAUGAUUCAGGUGUCUUCAUUUACACAACAAGUAAUCACAUUAAAUAUGCGAUUUUAAACGGCGAUCAUGGAAUUAUCAGAACAUUAGAAUUGCCGAUUUACAUAACAAGAGUGAAAGGCGCUCAAGUCUUUUGUCUUGAUCGUGAAUGUCGUACACGAGUCUUAAACAUUGACACAACUGAAUACAAAUUUAAACUCGCGUUGAUUAAUCGGAAAUAUGAAGAAGUUCUUCAUAUGGUUCGCAAUGCACGUCUUGUUGGUCAAAGCAUCAUUGCAUAUUUGCAACAGAAAGGAUAUCCAGAAGUUGCACUUCAUUUUGUGAAAGAUGAAAAGACUCGCUUUGGACUUGCACUUGAAUGUGGAAAUAUUGAAGUUGCACUUGAAGCUGCUAAAAGUUUAGAUGACAAAGAUUGUUGGGAUCGUUUAGGACAAGCAGCGUUGAUGCAAGGCAAUCAUCAAGUAGUUGAAAUGUGCUAUCAAAGAACAAAAAGCUUUGAUAAACUUUCAUUCUUGUAUCUCAUCACUGGCAAUCUCGAGAAGUUGAAGAAAAUGAAUAAAAUUGCUGAGAUUAGAAAAGAUGGUCAACAAAUGUCGAGACAAGCUGGCACAGUUUCAAAAGCACUCGCAUCUGAAGUUUUGGAUAAUGAUGUCGACGAUGGUUGGGGUGCUGAUGCUGACUUGAAGUUAGACGACGAUGAAGAUGAAGAUGAAAUGAAAGAUGCUAUUGGAACCCCUGACAUUGGUGAGGGUGCUGGUUGGGAUGUUGGAGACGAUGACAUUGAACUUCCCGAAGAAUUAGCAAACAAAAUUUCACAAGAAGCAAAAGAUGGAAAUUUCUUUGUUGCACCAACGAAAGGCGUUCCACAAACACAAAUUUGGACGAAUGGAAGUUUACUUGCGGCUGAUCAUAUUCGAGCUGGCGCUUUUGAAUCUGCUUUUAAAGUUCUCAAUGAUCAAGUCGGCGUUGUCAACUUUGAACCUUACAAGAAACUUUUCAGUUUUCUUUAUGUUGGUGCUCGAACUUCUUACGCUUGUUUACCGAAUUUACCAUCGAAAUUCACACAUCCUCAUCGUAAUUGGAAAGAUGCUGGUCAGAAAAAUGGACAUCCAACAGUUGGUGUGAAGCUGAAUGAUUUAGUUGCUUUGCUUCAGAGUUGCUAUCAACUAACAACAGUUGGAAAGUUCACUGAAGCCAUUGAGAAGUUCCAAUACAUUGUGUUAAACAUCCCACUGCUUGUUGUUGAGAGUCGUCAAGAAAUAGCAGAAGCACAACAACUUAUGAAUAUUUGUCGUGAAUAUGUUGUGGGAUUACAAAUGGAGACACAUCGAAAGACUUUACCCAAGAACACAUUGGAGGAGCAGAAGAGACUUUGUGAAUUAGCUGCUUACUUUACACAUUGCAGUUUCCAACCAGUUCAUCAAAUUCUCACACUUCGAACAGCUUUGAAUAUGUUCUUUAAGAUGAAAAAUUAUAAAACGGCGGCUUCAUUCGCCAGACGUUUACUUGAAUUAGGACCGAGAAAUGACACAGCACAACAAGCGAGAAAAAUGUUGCAAGCAUGUGAAGCUCAACCGACAGAUGAACAUCAAUUGCAAUAUGAUGAACAUAAUCCAUUCAGCUUAUGUGCCAUCACUUAUAAACCAAUUUACCGAGGAAAACCUGAAGAGAAAUGUCCACUUUGUGGUGCUUCGUACAUGCCUGACUACAAAGGAUUUAAAUGUGAAGUUUGUGGCGUUGCUGAGAUUGGAAAAGAUGUUCUCGGGUUAAAAGUUUCUCCGCUGCAAUUCCGCUAAAUUUAAGUAAUUUUUAAUUGUCAUUUAUGCUUUCCUUUUGAUUUGUAUUGAAUAUCAUUAAAUUUAUGACAGAAUUAAAUAAAGUAUGAUUCAUGUCGUAUUUCCAAGUUAAUUGA